GCUUCUGCAAUGACUACAAUGACGAGACGCCUGCAUGCCACGAUACUACCGGCUGCUGGCUAACCCAUACACAGGCAGCGCUAGCUCUCUGACUGUGCGACACGCAGUUGCUGCCUAGCAGCCUCGCAAUCCUCGUAAUCUUGACUAUUUCAGGCCAGCAGUGUCGUAUCUGUCCUCACCCAUUUUGACGUUAACUACCCAUCUGUUACCAACAUCGGUUCUUGCAAAACGCAAGCACAAUGUCUGCGCACAAAGCAUACCCAGGCUCGUGCCACUGCGGCGACGUCAAGUACCAGAUCCGCCUCAAAUUUCCCCCAAUCAUGGAACGUGGCGGCGAGUCCAUCCGAAUUUACAAAUGCAAUUGUACAACUUGCCAAAAAAUGGGCUACUUCCACUGCCGCCCUAUCAAUCCGGCCGAGGACUUUAUUCUCACGUCUCCCGCAACCAUUGAGGAACUAGGCGACUAUAGAACGUUUUCAAAGAAGCAAGGGUGGUAUUUCUGCAAAAAGUGUGGCGUUCGGAUUGUGGGCUUGGGCGGCGAUUGGGAGCGAGCGGAGUUGGACGUGGAGCAUUGGGCAGGUGCGAAGGAGGAAGCGGACCCAGGAAAGUUGCAGCAGGUAUGGAAAACAAAGGCGACAACGAUCACGACUAAGGAGAACGGAAAAGAUGAGACGAAGCCAUUUCACUACCUGAGCGUCAAUGCCGUCACCCUCGAGCCAGGCGAAGAUAUUGAUCUGAAGAAAUGGCACGAAAACGGCUGGAUCUUCUAUGUCGAGAACUUGGACAAGAAGAAUGGCACGCAAUUACGCGUGAGCGAACCGUUCAAAGGAGGCAUGUACUGAGAACGGGCAAUAUAACCGAAUAGUCUCAGUUGUGUAAUUGGGUUGUUGUCAAAGCUAAUCACCCUAUCGAAAACGAGAAACAUGGCUACACCGCGAACAUCCGUCCAUUUCCAAAUUCAGAGUCGACGUGGUUUGAGAGAUCACAGUAUCACAAUGCUUGAGUUCAUGUCUCCUUGUAUAACAAAUUUCAGCUUGCGCAUUACUAGAGACUACGCAUCCUUCCCAGAAACCAACUCAGCUUAUAACAGUUUUAGUAUUCGAUCUUGUAACUUCUCUCCUAGGAUUAGUGCGUUGCGCAUUUUUGUAUAUUCUCCUAAGAUACUCAGAAGAAGCCGUCCUUGCGCGGACCCCGACGCC